AUGUUUACAGCAGACUCAGAUAGAAGUGCCUCAACGAUCUCCCCCCUGAGUUCUAAUAUCUGCAGCAGUAUGGUGUCCAGUAUAUAUGAGACGUCCAUGAACACCCCGGGGGGUGAGAGUGAUGCCGUUCCUCAUGUUGAGGGGGGUGAUGCCGGUCCUGACUCUGCAGAUGGUAUUCAAGCUCUAGUAAGUACUGCCGUGGUCAUGUUUGGGUCAAGUUGCAGCUCUUCCGAGGACCUGCCCAGCAUUUAUGACCACCCAAGAGAAUCUCACCUUUCAUCAAGAAAGAAACCACAUACUAAACAUAAAGAGCCUUCAUCCCAGCGUAAGAUCACAUCUGAAGUUAACGGACUCGCAGAAGGUUCUUCAGUCUGUGUUCCAGAAAUGCAACCUGAUUCUCAGGGAGGUUCGGUUACUAGAACUUACCCGCAGGCAAAUUCAAAUAUUUCUCAGAAUGUUGUCUUGGCUUCCAACUCAGCUGAGGGGGAGUAUGAUGAGGAUAAUGACAGUGAUGAAGGUGAAGAGGAGGAUCUGGUACCUAAGUAUGCCUUUCAUCAUUUAAACCACCGCCUGACACUCUACUUGAUGAUGUCACUGUUUGGAACAGAUGAGGAGUUUGAUUGCAAACUGCAGGGUGAAGUUGUGCAAUACAUUGUGGAGAAAUCCUACGAGGGAUUGUUGGUCAUGUCUUCAGCCAGAUUCUACAUCCUGAAAAUCACAUCUGAGGAUCACAGCCAACCACCAGACCAUUGGCUGCACUGUGUAGAGAUUCAACCCAUUCCAGAACUGCGCUACAUUGAUGUGGGGCUGGGUGGCCAGACUUUUCGCCUGGAGUUUGUCACCGACUGUUCCAGUUACACAUUUGUCACCCGCAACCAUGACAAGACUGUCCAGUUUGUGGAGCUGCUGCACACCAACCUGGCCAAGUAUGCGGUGUCUCAAGGUAUUGCAUCUCACGUAGUGGUCAGUGACGACAUAGAUGAAGCGACCUUGAACAACCUGGACCGGGACGUGGUCUCCAAGCUGGCUGCUGACCAGAGGAUGCUGCACUACUGUAUGGGGUUUAUCGAGAGAGGCAAUCAGAAACUGUUCCCUGUCAGUUUUGUCAUCACGACCUCCGACAUCUGCCUGGUGUGCGCCAACCUCCAGUGGCCACAGCCUCGCCUGCAAGCUGCCAUCUCCGAGGAGACUGUAGGCAAACAGUUCACGGUGCUGGAGCGACAGAAAGUCAGCAACGUGGCAGCAGCGGAAGUGUGUGAAACGACCAUGAAGAAAAUUCGGCUGGAACUCUUCAAUGAGACCGAGGGAACUUCGACCAGUUGGAAUAUCACCCUGGCUUCAAAACAGAGCACGGUGGACUUCAUCAACGCUCUCAGCCAGCCUUGGGCUAAAGAGUUUGGGGUGGAUAUGGACGUCGUCUACGCAGAUCUUCCUUUUUGA